AUGGAAGUGUUUUGCAGUGGUCAUUCAGUGCGUGGUCGCAUUCUGCCCCCCGAUCAUGUAUGGAUUCAUGAUGCUAAACUUGACGACACCAUUGUAUGCUUCCCAGUGAAACGUAACAUUUACGGAAAAAUCUUUGGUGGUUUUUUGAUGAGAAAGGCUCUCGAAUUGGCUUGGGCCAAUGCUUCGAUUUUCAGUUCUGGGACUGUGACUUUGGUUCGGAUAAAUUUGGAAUUCGCGGCUCUUCCUUUUUGUUACCUACUCGAAUUUGGACUUGAAAUCAGAAUUCCGGGCAUGGGAACACCAAAACGGCCAUUCGAAUUAAUAGCUUUGUAA